AUGCUCCCCCGAUUUCUCCUCUAUGUGGAGGACCCGACGAGCUUCCCGAUGUGGGCAACCCCAUCAACCAAAGCCGUUGCGUUGGGAGCAGGAAUCGGUGGCCUGAUGGCUGCGAUUUCUCUUCGUGAGCAAGGACACGAUGUGACCCUCCUCGAAUCUUCCCGAUUCAGCAACGAGACUGGAGCAGCUAUCCACAUGGCGCCAAACGCAAACGGCUUGCUCAAGCGUUAUGGAGUUGACAUCGAGAAGGUUGGAGCAAACGAAUGCAGCCGCAUCGCACAAUACCAUGCCGAGUCAGGAAAGGCACUCUUCCAAGUCGACCUUACAAUGCCAAACAAGCAGUGGCAACACAAGUGGCUGUUGGUGCAUCGUGCUCACUUGCACACUGCCUUGAGAGAAAGAGCUAUCGGGAAGGAUGGCAAAGGCAAGCCUGCUACACUCAGACUCUCGGCUAAAGUCGCUUCCGUGGAUCCCGAAAAGGCAGAGGUAACUCUGGAGAGCGGCGAGAAGGUAUCUGGUGAUGUUCUCCUUGGAGCUGACGGCGUUCACGCGCUGGACCUCGAGGAUGCGGAGAAGUACACGCCUUUCGACUGCGGUCACAGUGCUUACCGCUUCUUGGUGCCAAAAGAGGAAGUCAUGGCUGAUCCCUCCUGCCGUGAGUUUGUCGAGCAAGAAGGUAUGCUCUGCAUGAUCGUUGGUGAAGACCGCAGAGUCGUGGUGUAUCCUUGUGUUGACAACAAGCUCAUGAACUUCCUUCUGAUCCACCCAAGCAAAGAAUCACGCUCAGACGAUGCUGGAUGGAACCAACAGGGUGACAAGAAGCGCAUGCUGGAAAGUGGCGCCAGUUUGGCUCCCCAAGUUCGUGCUCUUUUGGAGAAAGCCCCCGAAGAUAGCUUGAAGGUAUGGACUUUGCUGGACAUGGCGGUGCUCCCUACGUGGAUCAAGGGUAGCAUGGCAUUGCUAGGUGAUGCCGCUCACCCAUUCUUGCCUCACCAAGCUCAAGGUGGUGGUCAAGCUAUGGAAGACGCAGUCUCACUAGCAGCCAUCUUGCCUUAUGGCACCACAAAGGAAGACAUCCCGGAGAGAUUGAGACUUGGUUCUCUUGCUGACAUUGGUGUUUUCANNGCUUUCGCCUUCACCAACUACAACUUCGGACACGACGAAUGGGAUUUCUCAAAGAAUGCUCUGAACAAGCAUCUCCAGUCCAAGCAGCCAUACCGAUUCCGCCAGCCAGUGUCGUUUGGCCCCAGCCCUGGUCCACGCCAGCCUCUCAACGCUCAGCUGGACGUGCACUCGAUGGCAAAGCAGAACCAAACGAUCGCCUCGAUCCGCUUCAAGACCUCAAGGACCUAUCUUCAGAACCUGUUCCCCAGCUCUUCGUUCUCUUUCAUGUCUGCGGCAACAGUCGUAGAAGCCUCUAUCGUUUGUUGCUCACUACGCAACAUGACAUGGCUGGGUAACACAGGAUACGACCACUGUGGCCUUUACAUCCACGGAGUGAAGUACACCAAGAAAGACGGCGAGAUUCUCCAAGGAACUUUCCUACCCAUCUUGUUCGAGAACUUUACAGAUCCCAUCAUUACGGGUCGCGAGGAGCUUGCCGCACCUAAACUAGGAUGCGAUAUCGAUGUCUCGGCUUCUGGCGACUCUCGCAGUGUACGCAUGAGUUGGCGCGGAACCACUUUCGCAGAGCUUGAAUGGAACGGUCUUCAAGCAAAGCCCCAAGCAAAUGGCACGAAUGGCGUGAGUGCCACUCACGCCAAGCCUCCUGGUCCUCCCGGGCCUCCAAUGCCCAAGAUCGAAGACAAUGGCUUGUUCAUGUAUCGUUACGUGCCGGCUGUGGGUGAGCCAGGAAAGGCGGAUGCUGAGUAUGCUGUCUUUGAUGAGUACGAAAAGAAGGCACCGUCAUCCACAGAGGCUCAGCAAGAAGUGCAAGACCAGACAACCAAGGCAGCAACCAUCAAGUUCUCGCCUGGUGAUUGGAACUCGCUACCGACCCUCCACCACAUUGCUCAAGGCCUCGCAGAUGUGCCCAUCUACGGAAUCGUAGAGGCCACCGUAAAGGAAGUGCCAUCAGUAGGCGAUGUUAGAGGGGCAAGGAGGAUUGAAUAG